CCUCUACCACCAUUUUCCAAUUCACUUUCACUUUCUUUCUGAACCAUCUUCGUAAUAGAAAGCCGUCGUGUUAGGAUCUAUGGACCCACAAGAUUACAAUUCUAGGGAAACGGAGCUAAAGAAAUUAAAAGACCAUGGGCCGUCUAAUGUUCUCCUGUCUGAUGAUUGUAUUCUGUUUUUAUUUCACGAGAGCAGGAAUUUAUAAAAUUAUUCAAAGUGAAAAUGUUGUGCUUGGAGGAAGUGCUAGACUUUCUAUAUAUAUUCCAAACAUGAAGAGACCCACGGUGUGGAAAUGUGGAAACUAUAAAUACGAAUGUGACAGAACAUGCGCUAAUGGCCCUGAAUAUACAGUUACCCACAGUGGUAACCAUUCUGUUCUUUGGAUCCGAAAAGUAACAAAGGAAUGUUUGACUUGGAUGUUUGAAGACGACAAUAUUAAUGUUGGAAAAAUUCAUUUGAAAAUAAACAAUUUGGCAAAUGCAAACGAUUUGAGGACAGAAGGAGUUUAUAAUAUCACCCAAAGUGAAAAUGUUGUGCUUGGAAGAAGUGCUAAACUUUCUAUAUAUAUUCCAAACAUGAAGAGACCUGUGGUGUGGAAAUGUGGAAACUAUAAAUACGAAUGUGACAGAACAUGCGCUAAUGGCCAUGACUAUAAAGUUACCCACAAUGGUAACCAUUCUGUUCUUUGGAUCCGAAAAGUAACAAAGAAAUGUUUGACUUGGAUGUUUGUAGAUGACAAUAUUAAUGUUGGAAAAAUUCAUUUGAAGAUAAACAGACUUGAAGCAGAUGAAGAAACAAAAGAUUGUGAAGCUGAUGGAUCAGGAAUACCCACCUCUACCAUUGUCGUCAUUUUUGUACUUUGUCUUGAAAACAUCAUUCUCAUAAUCUUGUGGUUCAAAUUCAAAUUGCCUCCUUACGAUUGGUGCAGGAACCGUGUCACCCGCAGGAUACCUCGUAAUGAACCCCAGAAUCAACAGGUUGAGAUGAGGGUGCCGGAAGCAGCAGAUCAGCAAACGGAUCAGGAAGCAGCAGAUCAGCAAAUGGAUCAGGAAGCAGAUCAGCAAUGGAUCAGGAAUCAGCAAAGCAGCAAAUGGAUCAGGAAGCAGCAGAUCAGCAAAUGGAUCAGGAAUCAGCAAAGCAGUUAAUGAAUCUGGAACCAGCAUCCCCACCUGCGCCGUAGUCAUCAUUUCUGUACUUGGUCUUGUAGCCAUCCUUCUCAUAAUCUUCUCUGUCAUAUUCAAGUGGCUUCUUUACAUUUGGAUCAGGAACCGUGUCAACGAGUGGAUAUCUCCUAAUGAAUACCAGAAUCCACCGGUUGAAGCAUAAAAAUGCUAUGUUUUUUUAUUUUUUCUUCUUAUAGACUUUCAAUGAUUGCAUUAACAUAUUCUGUUGUGUCUGGGGAGAGUCAUUUUCUUUUUGUGCCUUAUGAUGUAACACAUUUGAUGUAGUAGUUUAGCAUCAUCUUUUCAAAAACCCUGCUCAAGUGGUGUGGGGAAUAACACAAACCCACCAACACCUGUUGUCAAGUAGUGGGGAGGGAGGACAAACACAGACACAAAGACCCCUUCCCCCAUACACACAUAUGUCUGUGAUUAUAAUUUAAUGCAACUCAUUUUUAUUAUGGAUGUUCAGGUAAUGCAUGCACCAUGACAUAUAGUAACCACCCAGGGGCAAUACCUGGGGCACAUCUACACAUGAAUGCUCCAAUGACUUGCCUCAUGACUUUCACAAAAAUCUAUAUUUUUUAAGGAAAUUUUCUACAAAUCCACUUCAGAUGGUGUAGAUUCUUUUUAUACUCGAAUUUGAUGUGACAAAAUUUUCUGCCAAAAAAUGGGAUUUGUGUUCGUACGUAUCCCACCAAUUUAAUUUUUCAUAUUAAAUUCCGAUAUAAUUACAAUCUACAAACUCUGAAAGGAAUUUGUAGAAAUUUUCAUUUUUCUGAAAGCUAUGAAGAGACAAAGUCAGUGGAGCAUAUCUGUGUGUGUGUGUGCUAAUUGGUUUCACAUAAAUAUUUUUCAUUAUAAUUUUAAAGACUACAUUU